AUGGGCCGAACAAUUCUGUUUCUCUUUGCACUUGUCAUUUUCUCAGUUACCCCCAGCCACGGACAGGCAACAAAGUGCGGCAAGCUCUUCGAACGCAAAGAAUGGCGAACAUUGACCCAGGAAGAGAAAUCUGGCUGGGUGGGAGCUGUGAAAUGCCUCGGAAGCAUACGGCACCAACGAUUGUCAUUCACGCCGGAACAAACCGUUCUCGAGGGAAUGAGAAGUCUAUACGAUGACUUCUCGUACUCACACGCAGCAGUAGAGCACAGCGCACAUAGGAAUGUCUACUUUUUGCCGUGGCGUAUGUUCCGCCUCCUCUCAACCUUUGUUCAACACUUCUAUAUUGACACCUGCGCAGACCGCUGGUUCCUCUAUCUGUUCGACGCGUCUCUCCGCCAAAACUGCGGGUACAGUGGUCCAACGCCAUACUGGGACUGGUCGCGUGAUCACGCGGACCUGGUCGGCUCUUCCGUGUUUGAAGAUUCACCCGAGUUUGGGCUAGGCGGGACUGGAGACUGUAGUUCUUCGCCCGAGGCUGAUUGCAAGGUCACUACAGGCGCUUUUGCCCAGUUCGAGCUUGCCUGGCCGAUCCCGCACCCACUGCGUAGGAACUUGACGCUCAUCACUGGGUGGUUCGAUCAUGAGAAGCCCCAGAACUCCACACUGGGCCCAGACUCUGUGCGGAACUCGACUGAGCAUCACACGGGCGACUUUUACAGUUUCCAGCACUCAAUGGAGCAGAUGCAUAAUCAUGUCCAUAACUUCGUUGGCGGUGACUUGGCGGGGGACUGCCCAAAGAAACUACCAGCGGACGAUUGCAAGGACCUAGCCGUCGCCUUCACGCCUAAUGACCCUCUAUUUUGGUUGCAUCAUGCGCAGCUUGACCGUUUAUGGAGCAAGGUGUGUACUCCUUCCAAACCUUACUUGAUUCGACUGUCAUAUCAGAUAUACUAA